AUCAAUCAUGUUUGUUUGAAAAGUCAGUUUUGUGUUCUGGCACGCGGCCUUCCAACACUCAACAAUUAGUUUCUUCUAUUCCCUGGUUUCUACAGCAUAAAUACUGCUGGCUGCUGUAGUAGCAGGUCACACGUUGCGCUUCACGUAACAAACUGAAGAGCUACGAUAGCCAGAAGUUAUUAUUUUUACCUACACGAAGCUGCAGCAAACAUGAGUGUGCCUCAGCUUCUACGCGAGCUUCAUCAGCUCAUCACUCAAGUCAAUGAUAGCACAGGUAAAUCAGAAUCAACCCUAACCGGCAUCUCAAAAACACACGAACGUAUCCAGUCAGAGAUAAGGAGUGGGAUGUCGCCAUACUUUCGUUGCAAGCUACGCACUCUGUAUGGAACCGCCGGUGACGAUGCCAAACGGACGCUUGAGAUUAUCAACCAUUCUCUGGAGAAGAUCAACGAGGUCAAAACACUGCGCAGCAAUAAGCGAGUCGGCCGUGCCCUGACUUCAUCGUCGUAUGUUGCAGAGCAAGAGACACAGCAAGGGACACGCAAAUCGACAAUGCGACGCGGUGUGCUGAUGAGUCUACUCCAGCAAGCAGCCAAAGACCUGCCCGUCUUCGAGAAGACGUCCGCGAAGCAAUCACAAGCGCUAGUCGGGUGUAUCAGUGCGGGAAAUAACUACCACGCUAAGCUUGCUGAUCAGGUGGCUGCGCUGGUCGAGACCUCCGAAGGCGAGGAGCAGUGGAUCAUGGCCGAGGUGGCCUCCUACAGCAUUGCCUCCACUACGUAUGUAGUGGAGGAUGUUGAUGAAGAAGGCAAGAGUGUUAGAGAUCGCCACACGGUUGCAAAGAGCUGUGUCACACCGCUACCCAAGCACAAGGCUGACCCUGCCGUGAUGCCCAAUGCUUUGUUUCCAGUUGGUCAGAAAGUGAUGGCGUUGUACCCGCAGACGACCUGCUUUUAUCCAGGUCUGGUGGAUGCUCGUCCCGGCAAUGUCGACUCCGAGUACAUGAUCUCGUUUGAAGAUAAUUCGUACGUGGAGGGCUACUCACCAGCCCUGGAGGUUCCUCAGCGUUACGUGUUGGCAUGGCGAGAACCCAAGCGGCGACAUAGACACUGAUUAUCCGUGACUUGGGUACCAUAGCAACGACGACAACAACAACUAUAACUAUAGCAACAGUGUGUAUGGUUACAAGAUUAAUAUGCAUAUCAAGCAACAAUGACGAGUGCCCCCACCCCGGCUUGGAAUCAACGACGGCACUAUCGUCUUCUCAUGCAGGUGUCUAUUCGUGGACGUGCUACUAAAGCUGGUCGUGUGGACCUGCUUCUCGAUUCCGUUCCUUAGCUACCCGCAUCUAUGCCGUGUUUGUGUGUGUGUAAUGAUCACGCAUGCCAUUGUGUCAACAUGUGCAGUGACGACCCGAACCGACGCCGAAUCACUGGCGUACUCUAGGAUUACCAAACUCGGAACAUGCUUCUUGUCCACUGUCCGCCUCUCACCACACCUGCUACGCCGUGACUAUUGACAUGCACACGCUGUAGUCAGCGACAACACUGCUCAACGCAAGACUCUGCUGGCUCUAGUCCACUAACACGACUACCAUUCGCAAGACUCCGCUGGCUCUAAUCCAUUAACAAAACUGCCCUUCGCAAGACUCCGCUGGCUGUAAUCCAUUGACAACGUUACUCUUCGCUAGACCCCGCUGUUUAUAAUCCCCUGCUGUCUCUAAGACUUUCCCAUAACUUCGGGAGGUCUUGUCUUCAGCCCUGGCUACAGGAACCUGCCAUGCAACAACAACAAAGCAGACAGAAACACCAUCCCUGAACUGGAAAGCUGGCAUGAUCGCUUAUCUAAGUCAACGAUGCGCGUCAUAUCGUCGACGGUGUUCUCAUCGUUACAGUCUGUAUGUAGCUGCUUACUGGGCAGUACUGAUCCCAGUGCGACCUAUGAAGCACACACACCGCCGCAUCUGCCAUCAGUGCUCAUCCCAGUGCGACCCAUGAACACACACACACCGCCGCAUCUGCCAUCAGUGCUGAUCCCAGUGCGACCCAUGAACACACACACACACCGCCGCAUCUGCCAUCAGUGCUGAUCCCAGUGUGACCCAUGAAACACACACACACACACACCGCUGCAUCUGCCAUCAGUACUGAUCCCAGUGCGACCCAUGACGCACACACCGUCGCAGAUGCCGUCCUGGAUGCUCUCAAGUCUCAACGCUCUAUACCAGUGCGCUGUCCGUGGCACAGUGCUAUACGCCCUGAUCCGACCAACCCUCAGCGUGGACUACUAGCAUGUUCACAAGGACCCUGACUCGGGGGGUGAUCGCUUGCCGCCCUCGUUGCUCUGGCCAUGAGCCGCUUACUAGCAGACCCUUUCGCAGGGUAUUUUACGUUGCGCUGUACGCAACCGCUGCAUCUUCUGUACGGACCGGAGUGCUAGUACAUGCACACACAUGCAUCACCUGGACUCGCUCGUGCAUGUGCGAGGAAUGCCAAGGGUACAUUCACACGGACUGGAGAGAGUGUGUAUGUGUGCCAGGGUAGAGAACGUCUACCUGCUGUCAACGACUAUGGUCUAUACAAAACUCCGCUAACGCUUACGUUCACCUCGGUUGCUAGUAUACCGGCUUGGAGACUGCCUGCUGUCUUCGACAAUGGUGUGUGCAAAGCCUGCCAUGCAUAUGCGACAUACACACAGCACACAGUGGCGUCGACACUGUCCGCGCCGCGCGCCGUCUUCAUGGAUCCGUGCAAAGACAGGUGCACCGUCAAGGACGCACGCAACGAACGCUUAGCGGUGCGGCCGUUCUGAUCUGUACCUGUUGUGUGUGUUCUCCGUCUUCGACGUCGUCAUGGAUCCGUGAAACGACACGCGCACGUACACACGCGCUUGCCGUAAUCGGCGUGGAAACCGGCUUCUUGCGUGUGCCAGCACCGCUGCCAUGGUUACGAUCCACGCACUUGUGUGGCAGUUCUUCCAUCGCCGUGCCUGGCCGGCCGUCAGGCAUGAAUGUACACACUUUGGCUCGUGUGACCGGAUGAACUAUCUCUGCUGUCAGAUCUGCUGCUGUCACUAGUAGCAUGGUCUGCUUGGUUAUUGCUGGAGCGUGGUGGUCACAUGACCAGAUGAACUAUCUCUGCUGUCAGGUCUGCUACUGCUGCUAGAGUCCUGGUCUGUUUAGCUGGAGUGUGGCCGUGAGCGCACCGUCAUCCGUUUCAAAGUCCCCACCUGAACUGGCUGACUGUACUGUACUGCUGCUAGCUCCUCAUCAUCGCUGUUGCCACAUCUGCUGCUGCUGCCAGUGGCGUGGUCUGCUUGACUUCUACCCUGUGUUGUGGGUAAAAUACUAGUACUAGGUACUAGUAGUAGCAGCUGGCAGAACGCUGCAAAGUACCUACAAAAGGUGCCCCCCCCCCCCCCCCCAGCCCCAAAGCUCCUUUUUUCCUGUUCAAACUCAUCACAUUUUUACUCUGUUUUUUUUUAUUCCCCGAGCAGUUGACUGCUUCGCUGCCUAUUCUUCAUGUAUUCUGCCCGUCCGUUUUUAUCGUCUCGCUUUGAUUUUUGAAGCCCUCUCAACCAAGAGAUUCCAACCGUGUUCUGUUUUUAAAAAAAUGUUUUCCCAACAA